AUGAAGAAAGAGGAGGAAGAGGAGGACGGAGCAGAGUCUGUAAUAUCCAGCUGUCUGUCUAUGAAGAGUGACCACUCUAAAUAUGAACCUCCAUACUUCAGUAAUGAACCUGGACCCUCAGACACAAAAGAGAGGAAGAGGAGGGCUGUUUCUGUGGAGGAGCAGCUGUCCUGCUGUUCUUUGUGUCAGGACGUCCUGAAGGAUCCAGUCUCUACCAGCUGUGGACACUGGUUCUGCAGACAGUGCAUCACCUCAUACUGGGACCAGUCUGCUUCAUCAGGAGACUCCUCCUGUCCCCAGUGUGGAAAAAGAUCCAGAACCAGACCUGGACUACAGACAGACAGUCAGACCAGCACUGUACAAACAGAAAGUGGUCUGCAGGAGGUUUUAGAUGAACAUCAGAUCAGUCUGAGCAGCACAUGUGAAUGUGUGACUCAAGGAACUGAUGAAGCAGGAACUAAAACCUUCCUCAUCAGCAUCUUCACUGAGGUCCACAUCACACAGGGACAGAGUGAAGAGGUUAAUACCCAACAUGAGGUGAGGCAGCUUGAAACAGCUUCCAAGAUGAAGACCCUCUAUGACGCUCCAAUCAAGUGUCAGGACAUCUUUAAAGUCUUACCUGACCAACAGGACAGAGUCAGAGUGGUUCUGAUGAACGGCGUCGCUGGCGUUGGAAAAACCUUCUCAGUGCUGAAGUUCACUCUGGACUGGGCACAGCGCUCCACAAACCAAGAUAUCAGUCUGCUGAUUCUGUUCUCGUUCAGGUCGCUGAACUUGAUCAAAGAUGAGCAGUACAGUCUGCUCAUGCUGAUCCAUGUUUUCUAUCCAACAUUACAGAAGCUCACAGCAGAGAAGCUCGCUGGCUGUAAAGUUUUGUUCAUCUUUGACGGCCUGGAUGAAAGCAGACUUUCACUGGAUUUCAACAACAGUGAGGUCGUGUCUGAUGUCACACAGAAGUCAUCAGUCAGCGUGCUGUUGACAAACCUCAUCAAGGGGAAGCUGCUUCCCUCGGCUCUCGUCUGGAUAACUUCCCGACCUGCAGCAGCCAAUCAGAUCCCUCCUUCAUAUGUGGACAGGGUAACAGAAGUACGAGGCUUUACUGACCCCCAGAAGGAGGAGUACUUCAGGAGGAGAUUCAAUGAUGAAGAGCAAUCCAGCAAAAUCAUCUCACACAUCAAGACAUCCAGGAGCCUCCACAUCAUGUGUCACAUCCCAGUCUUCUGCUGGAUCACUGCUACAGUUCUGGACCACAUGUUGACUCCAGACCAGAGAGGAGAGCUGCCCAAGACCCUGACUGACAUGUACUCACACUUCCUGCUGGUUCAGACAAAGAGGAAGAAGAACAAGUAUGAUGAGGGACAUGAGACGAGUCCACAGGAGCUGACGGAGGCUGACAGGAACCUUCUUCUGAAGCUGGGGAGGCUGGCGUUUGAACAAAUGGAGAAGGGAAACAUCAUGUUCUACCAGGAAGACCUGGGGCAGUGUGGUCUUGAUGUCACAGAGGCCUCUGUGUUAUCAGGGGUUUGUACACAGAUCUUCAAAAGAGAGAGUGUGAUCUUCCAGAAAACAGUCUACAGCUUUGUUCAUCUGAGCAUUCAGGAGUUUCUGGCUGCAGUCUACAUGUACCACUGUUACACCAGCAGGAAGACAAAGGUACUGGAGGACUUCCUGGGAGGAGACUACAGUUACUCAUCUCUGGAUCACUUCCUGAAGAGAGCCAUGAAGAAAUCUCUCAGAAGUGAAAAUGGCCACCUGGACCUGCUUGUCCGCUUCCUUCAUGGCCUCUCUCUGGAGUCCAACCAGAGUCUCUUAGGAGGCCUGCUGGGUCAGACAGACAACAGUCCAAAAACCAUCCAGAGAGUCAUCAACAACCUGAAGGAGAUGAACAGUGAUGAUAUCUCUCCUGACAGAAGCAUCAACAUCUUUCACUGUCUGAUGGAGAUGAACGACCGCUCAGUACAUCAGGAGAUCCAACAGUUCCUGAAGUCAGAGAACAGAUCAGAGAAGAAACUCUCUGAUAUCCACUGCUCAGCUCUGGCCUACAUGCUGCAGAUGUCAGAGGAGGUUCUGGAUGAGUUGGACCUGAAGAAGUACAACACAUCAGAGGAGGGACGAAGGAGACUGAUCCCAGCUGUAAGGAACUGCAGAAAGGCUCUACUUUGGGGCUGUGAACUCUCAGAGACUGACUGUGAAGUUGUGGCCUCAGCUCUGAAGUCCAACCCCUCCCAUUUGACACAUCUGGACCUGAGUCACAACUACCUGUCUGAUUCAUCAGUGAAGCGUCUGUCUGCUGGACUGGAGAGUCCAAACUGUAGACUGAAGGCUCUGAUACUUCCUGACUGUGGACUCUCAGAGACUCACUGUGAAGUUUUGGCCUCAGCUCUGAAGUCCAACCCUCAUCUGACACAUCUGAACCUGAGCUGGAACAAACUGUCUGAUUCAUCAGUGAAGCGUCUGUCUGCUGGACUGGAGAGUCCAAACUGUAGACUGAAGACUCUGGAAUUGGAUUGCUGCAGUUUGUCAAAGAUCAGCUGUGAUAAUCUGGCCUCAGCUCUGAAGGACAACCCCUCCCAUCUCAGAGAGCUGAAUCUGAGCUACAACGACCUGCAGGAUUCAGGAGUGAAGCAGCUGUGUGGUUUUGUGGAGAGUCCAGACUGCAAACUGGAGACUCUGAUAUUGGAGGACUGCUGGUUGUCAAAGAUCAGCUGUGAUUAUCUGGCCUCAGCUCUGAAGGACAACCCCUCUCAUUUGAGUUGGCUGGGUCUGAGUGAGAACAAGCUGGAGGAAUCAGACAUGAAGCAGCUGGUCAGGACCAGCAGAGGGCUCCAGUGUUAUUGGUAUGAGGGAAUGAUGAAGAGCAGCAUGAUGAUGAAGAGCAGCAUGCAGACCAAUCACACGUCAGCAACUCAGCUCAUUUAUUCAUGUAGACGUGGUGAAGACGAGCUGCUGAAGUUCAAACUGAGCAUCAGAACGAAGAAGAACGUUGGUUUAAGAGACUGUGAACGUGAUCUAGAACCAUCUCAGGGUUUACAGAGGACGCUCCCAAAAAGAGGAAAAUGCCUUGUUGAUGCCAGAGGUCAGAGGUCAGAGGUCAGACUGGUUGGAGAUGAUAGAAAGGAAACAGUCCCUCAAAUAACUCCUCAUUACAACCGAGGUCUGCAGAAGACCGUCUCUGAAGGCUCAACAUGUGGAAGCUUGAAGCAGACGGGAUCCAGCAGCAGGAGACCAGACCGGGUUCCUCUCAGCUCAGAACAGGAAACUGAAGAUCACCAAAACUGGACGAUAGAAGACUGGAAGAACGUCGGCGGGUCUGAUGAGUCUCUGCUGCCACAUUCAGACGCUCAGACCCUCUCAGACCGGUUUCUGGAACAUGACGAUGAGUUCACUGGACUCAAAGAUCUCAGUCUAACAGAGCAGCUUUGGGAUGAGGUGGAACAGGAGAUUGUCAUCAUGGCUCUGCAGCAGCUGUGUGAUGUCAUCAUGUUAAUAUGA